UGCGGGGAUAAAUUGGCGGCUGAGAAAAAUCUCAUCUCUUCAAGAUAAAGCUUCCCCCUCUCAUCCCUUAACUCUCUAUCUUGCUUUUUCUUACUCCUCUCUCCUACCCUUCGGUCCCUCUCUCUCUCUCUCUCUCUCUCUUUACUCCAUGGAUUCUCUAGCUCAUCCUACCCAACUCUUCUUCUUCUUCUUCUCUCUCUUUUCAGUAUGAUAACUUUGUAGACUUCCAAUGCGACCUCUAAUGGCCGCCACGGCUUCCAUUCUCUGCAACUCCUACUCUUUCCCAGUCAGUUGUUUCCAAUUCCCCGUGAAAACCAGCUCAGCCUCUUCCUCUCUCUCCUUACUUUCUUCUUUCUCCCAGGCUACUUUCCUCCUUCACUCUAUCUCCUCCUUCUCUCCUUUCUCUCUCUCUACCUUCUCUCCCUCAAGUCAUCGUCUCCAUCGCCGAAGACCAAGUUUCAGAUCCCAAUUUGGUUCAACGAGAUCACAAAAUGAACCAGAUGUCAAGAAAACCCUAUUUCCUGGAGGGUUCAAGCGUGCAGAGAUCAAGGUGCCAACCCUAAUUUUGCAAUUGGAAGUUGCAGAAGUUCUUGAAGGAGGAGAUGCACUUAGGUUUACAGAUGCAGCGGUUUCGGAAAUGGUUAGCAUGGUUGUUUUGAAUGGUGGGGAUGAAAGUGCGGGGCGUAUAUAUGAAGCUGCUCUAGCUUUGAAGAGGGUGUUAAGGGGAAGCUCUUACCUUCUCAUAUCAGAGCGUGUCGAUAUAGCAUCUGCUGUUGGAGCCAAUGGGGUUGUUCUCUCUGAUCAAGGCCUACCUGCAAUUAUUGCAAGGAAUAUGAUGAUGGAAUCCAAAUCUGAGUCUAUAGUUCUCCCUUUAGUUGCAAGAACCGUGACAACAACUGAGUCCGCGUUGAGUGCAUCAAAUUCUGAAGGUGCUGACUUUUUGAUAUUUGCUAUCAAUAAUGAGAAAGACGUUGAGAUGCUGUCUCGCUCUGUAGUCCGUAAUGUCAAGGUACCUGUUUUCACUAUGAUUAAUUCACUAGAAAGUAGUGAAUUACAUAAUGGAGCUGCAAAAUUGCUCCAAUCUGGUGCAAGUGGGUUGGUCAUAUCAUCACAUGAUAUGCAGUUUAGAGGUGAUGUUUACAGUCAGUUGCUCUCGUCAGCAAUAUUAACUGAGAAAGGAAAUCAAGAAGAGCUUCAAAGCCCUGAGAAGAUAAAACUGAUGAAUGGGGAGGAUUUCCAUGCAAAUAAGACUGUUGAUGGAAUUACCAAAAUAGAAGAUAUAGAAAAACAGAUCAUAGAAGCCGAGAGGCCUGUCCUAUUGGAAGCUAUUGAUUUUAUUCGCAAAACUGCACCACAGAUGGAGGAGAUUUCACUUCUUGUGGAUGCAGUUGCUCGAUUGGAUGAGCCAUUUUUGCUGGUUAUAGUGGGUGAAUUUAACUCUGGGAAAUCAACUGUAAUCAAUGCGCUUCUUGGAAGAAAGUACAUGGAAGAUGGGGUGGUUCCAACCACGAAUGAGAUAACUUUGUUAUGUUAUUCUGGGUCAGGUUCCAAUGAUUACAAACGCUGUGAAAGGCAUCCUGAUGGGCAAUAUAUAUGUUAUCUACCUUCUCCAGUUCUUAAAGAUAUGAAUCUUGUUGAUACACCUGGAACUAAUGUGAUUCUUCAAAGGCAGCAGCGCCUUACAGAGGAGUUUGUUCCUCGUGCCGAUUUGCUUCUUUUUAUCAUUUCUGCUGAUAGGCCGUUAACCGAAAGUGAGGUCAAUUUUCUUCGUUAUGUUCAGCAAUGGAAGAAAAAAGUUGUGUUCAUUUUGAACAAAUCAGAUCUCUAUCAGAAUUCUAGUGAGCUUGAAGAAGCGACUAGGUUUAUCUCAGAGAAUGCACAGAAGCUUUUAAGUGCAGAUUCUGUAACAUUAUAUCCUGUAUCUGCACGAUCUGCUCUUCAAGCCAAAGUUUCAGCUACAGGAGACGAUGGACAAAUAGAUCAAGAAAUAUUUUCAAGUGACCUUAGAUGGAAAACUAGUGGAUUUUAUGAACUUGAACAAUAUUUGUUCAGUUUUUUAGAUACAUCAACAGAUAUGGGAAUGGAAAGGAUGAGGCUUAAGCUUGAAACACCAAUUGGGAUUGCGUGCACUCUACUUGCAGCUUGUGAAAGGCAAGUGAUACAAGAAUGUGAAAAGACCAAGAAAGACCUGAUCUUAGUAAACAAAAUUGUUGGUAGUGUAAAAGAGUAUGCCAAUAAGAUGGAAAGCGAGAGCACAUUCUGGAAGAAACAGGCGUUAUCACUGGUUGAUACAGCAAAAGCCCGUGCAGAGAAUCUUAUCAAUUCUACGCUUCGAUUAUCUAACAUUGACAUGGCUGCUUCGUAUAUGUUUAGAGGAGAAGAAUACAGUUCAAUUCCUGCUGCCUCAAAGGUUCAAAAUGAAAUACUUGGUACUGCACUCUCUGAUGCACAAAAACUUCUCGUGGAUUACUCAACAUGGUUGGACUGCAGUAAUGCACGUGAAGGAAUGCAAUACACGCAAAUAUUUGAAAAGGAAUGGCCUGGGUUUGUAUUUCCAGAAGGGUUGACUCUUUCAGAAAAAAAUCAAUUGUUGGAUAGAAGAGAGGAACACAGCAUUAAAGUAUUGGAGCAAUUCAGUGCGAGUGCUGCCACAAAACUUUUUGAUCAAGAAAUACGUGAAGUGGUAUUGGGAACAAUUGGAGGAUUAGGAGCAGCUGGUUUGUCUGCUUCUCUUCUAACAACAGUACUAGAAACCACAGCAGAAGAUCUUCUAGCUUUAGGGCUUUGCUCGGCAGGCGGUUUAUUGGUGAUAUCAAAUUAUCCUGCUCGUCGAAAGGAGCUAGUGAAUAAAGUGAAUAAAGUGGCAGAUUCAUUAGGUCGAGAACUUGAAUUGGCCAUGCAGAAGGAUCUUGAUGACACCAUAGGAAAUCUUGCUGGCUUUGCGGAAUGUAUCAGUAGGCCAUACCAGGAAGCAACUCAAAAUAAAUUGAACUACUUGUUAGAUAUUCAAAAGGAACUAUUGAGCACUGGAGAAAAACUUAGAACAUUACAGAAUGAAAUUCAAAAUAUUCACAUUCCUCAAUAAUUAGAAGUUUUCGAGCUUCUAGAUUUGUGCUGUAAUCUGUGGAUGAGAUCAUGAUUUGUUGAGGUAUUCUUUUUGUUCAA